AUGGAGAUGCCUUGGCACCUUCCCCAUGGCUGGCCUGGCUGUUUAAAGAGACUCCUGUUCACAGCUACAAUCUUCAGCUCUUCCAUCCAGCUAGCUUCUUCAGCCCAACUGAGCAUAGCACCUAUUCCUUCUCAUGGGUCAGUUGGGAGCAAUGUCACCCUGUCUGUCCAUGGGAUCCCAAAGGAGCCUCAGAGUUAUUCCUGGUUCCGGCAGAUGGCGGAGGAAUCCAACAAGAUUGUCAGCUAUGCAGUCCAGUCGGGAGAGCAGACUCAAGGACUAGACCACACUGGCCGGGAGAGCAUUUUUCCAAAUGGCUCCCUUCUUAUCACCAAUCUCACUUCCAGAGAUGAUGGUGUUUACAUCGUACAAGUUGCCAUUGCGCAUUUGAAGCCUGUGUUGGGACGGGGACGUUUGCAGAUCAGUGAUUCUCUCAAGACCUCCCACUUUGGGUUAGUCGCCAGCAUUGUCCUCGGAGCCCUGGCUGGUGGGGUCAUCAUGGGUGUCCUGGGCUACUUCUUCUUCAAGCGAACUCGAGGGUCUCCACAGACCACGAGAGGAGAUUCUGUCCGAAGACGAAGGAAUCAUUCUAUAAAUCGGAAUAAUGGUGGAGAAGAUAUCGUAUAUGAAAACCAUCAGUGGCAUCGAGGCAUCACCCUGACUACUCAGGGAGAAGACUUGUCAUCCAUUUUCUCUCCAGAGAUAUUGGAGGCUCCUCACCAGGCACUGGACGUCAGCAAAAUGGAUGUUUAUGAUGAGGUCAGGGUCUGGCCAACAGUCCAGGCACCUAGGGGAGAGGGCGGACCCCUGAGAGGAUGA